UUGCAGAUGUUGCCGUCAUAUUGACUGAAGUGGGUGCUGAUAACUGAUCCAAUUGUUAUUCAGGCAGCAUUGCUUCACAACACUGUUGAGGAUACAAAUACACCAAUGAGGAAAUAGCAUCUUAGGCAAAGAAGUAGCAGGUGUGGUCGCAGAGGUCACUGAUGAUAAAUCACUAUCAAAACAAGAGUGAAAAUGUCUCCAAACCGUGAACGCACCUAAGAAAACUUGUCGUGCAAAACCCGCAAAAAUAGCAGAUAAGACCCCAGUUGGUUGGACAGAUGAUCGAGAAGUGGAAUAAUUUGAAAGGGAAAAAAGGUCAUUGACGGAAUCUGUGGAACAAACAAAGCAAUGGAGCACACUUUCAAUGCCAUGUUUGCAGCACAUGUAAUUCAGUAGUCAUAGAGUAAUUUUAACAGGUUAGGUUCGUAAACAGUUUACGACAUAGCUGGCAAGGAGUCCUUGCUAAGCAAUGACAGUACUUGUAUUUCAAUUUGAAAUCUAUGUUAGAUUGUUCAAGCACGAGGACUUUGUAUUGGCCUGAAUAUUGCGGCGACAUUUAGCCGCUAAAAAGCACCAGAAUGGCACCUAAAUCAUCCUUUACUUGUGUACAAUGCGAGAAAUCUUUUUCAACUGAGCAUCGUCUCGUUGAACAUAUUCGUAUUCACACAGGAGAAAAACCAUUCCAAUGCAAAUAUUGUGAGAAAUCAUUUUCAGCGAAGGGAUCUCUAUCACGUCAUAAACGUAUUCACACAGGAGAAAAACCAUUUCAGUGCAAUUAUUGUGAGAAAUCAUUUUUACAGAAUGGAACAUUAUCGAGGCAUGAACGUAUUCACACAGGAGAAAAACCAUUCCAAUGCAAAUAUUGUGAGAAAUCAUUUUCACACAAGGUAACUUUAUUGUCUCAUGAACAUAUUCACACAGGAGAAAAACCAUUCCAAUGCAAAUAUUGUGAGCAGUCAUUUUCACGGAAGGGAACAUUAUUGAGGCAUGAACGUAUUCACUCAGGAGAAAAACCAUUUCAGUGCAAAUAUUGUGCAAAAUCAUUUUCACGGAAGGGAACAUUAUUGAGGCAUGAACGUAUUCACUCAGGAGAAAAACCAUUUCAGUGCAAAUAUUGUGAAAAAUCAUUUUCACACAAGCGAAAUCUAUCGCGUCAUAAACGUAUUCACACAGGAGAAAAACCAUUCCAAUGCAAAUAUUGUGAGAAAUCAUUUUCACGGAAGGUGACUUUAUUGUCUCAUGAACAUAUUCACACAGGAGAAAAACCAUUUCAGUGCAAAUAUUGUGAGAAAUCAUUUUCACAGAAGGGAACAUUAUUGAGGCAUGAACGUAUUCACUCAGGAGAAAAACCAUUUCAGUGCAAAUAUUGUGAAAAAUCAUUUUCACGCAAGCGAAACCUAUCACAUCAUCAACGUAUUCACACAGGAGGAAAACCAUUCCAAUGCUCAUAUUGUGAGAAAUCAUUUUCACAGAAGGUAACUUUAUUGUCUCAUGAACAUAUUCACACAGGAGAAAAACCAAUCCAAUGCAAAUAUUGUGAGAAAUCAAUUUCACAGAAGGGAACAUUAUUGAGGCAUGAACGUAUUCACUCGGGAGAAAAACCAUUUCAGUGCAGUCAUUGUGAAAAAUCAUUUUCACAGAAGGUAACUUUAUUGUCUCAUGAAAAUAUUCACACAGGAGAAAAACCAUUCCAAUGCAAAUAUUGUGAGAAAUCAUUUUCACAGAAGGGAACAUUAUUGAGGCAUGAACGUAUUCACUCGGGAGAAAAACCAUUUCAGUGCAGUCAUUGUGAAAAAUCAUUUUCACAGAAGGGAAAUCUAUUAACUCAUAAAGGUAUUCACACAGGAGAAAAACCAUUCAGAUAUAUACAGUGUGAAAAACCAUUUUGCUCUCAGCAGGCUCUUCGCCAUCACGUUCACAUUCACACAGGAGAAAAACCAUUCAGAUGUGUACAAUGUGAUAAAUCAUUUGUCUCAAAGCUGGCUCUUGUCAGACAUAUUGGUAUUCAUGCCAGAGACAAACCAUUCCAACUCAACUUCAACUGUAAAUAUUGUCAUAAAAUCUUCAAGAGUGAGUCUGACUUACAAAAACAUAAGCGCAGCCACAAUCAUGGUACGCGCAAAUCUUUGAAGGUGUCUGUUGAAAGUCCCGGAAAGGAUAAACGUUCAAAGCCAAAACGUGGCAAAGCUAUGAAAAGUUCUUGUUCAUUGUCUCGUCAUGAACUAACUGUUGUGGCAGAAGAACCUGCAGUAGAACUAACCGAUCAUUUAAAUAGCAAAUAUUCUCUAAAUGGACGAAACCCAAAACCUGCAUGUUUUGCGGCAAAUGAAUGUUUGAUCAGCAGAAAGACUGAGAGUAAGGUAUCGAAGUUGCCCGCUGCAGUAGGGUGUUCUGACAUGGAUAUCAAGGACACGGCUGCAAAAAUGUCUGGUAUCAAUGGGAGUGAAACUCUAGGUCUGGGUAGUACUGCGAAAACUGAGGAAUAUAAAGUUUGGCGGCUGGCUGUGAAACGAAGGUUGAUACAUGAUUCUAUUGAGCAUCAUUCUUAUCAGCAGGGAAAUGUUACGAGUGAACUCAUUGACAUGUUUGCUGCUGACCAGUCUAAUGGAAGAGUUGAACCAGCUAACACAUCUGCUACAGGGCAGGUCAGGGCUGAAAGAGACCUACAAGUUGUUCAUGUUAGAGAGGAGAGAAAUGUCCUCAGUGGGAACUUUAAUCUGCCAGCUGCAGAAAUCAACUGUUUCAAAAGUGUACUACGUCAAUCUGACAUAUAUCCUAUAGAACAGACCAAUGUCAAAAGCUUCCCAUGUGACAUAUCACCUAUAGAACAGAACAAUAUCAAAAUUGACACAUAUGACAUAUCUCCUAUAGAACAGACCAAUAUCAAAAGAGAUCCAUGUGACAUAUCUCCUAUAGAACAGGCCAUUGUCAAAAGUGACCCAUGUGAUAUAUCUCCUCUGGAACAGGCCAAUGUCAAAAUUGACCCAUGUGACAUAUCUCCUAUAGAACAGGCCAAUGUCAAAAUUGACCCAUGUGACAUAUCACCUAUAGAACAGGCCAAUGUCAAAAGUGACCCAUGUGACAUAUCUCCUAUAGAACAGGCCAAUGUCAAAAGUGACCCAUGUGACAUAUCACCUAUAGAACAUGCCAAUAUCAAAAGUGACCCAUGUGACAUAUCACCUAUAGAACAGGCCAAUGUCAAAAGUGAGCAAUAUGACGUAUCUCCUAUAGAACAGGCCAAUGUCAAAAGUGACCCAUGUGACAUAUCACCUAUAGAACAGGCCAAUGUCACAAGUGACCCAUGUUACAUAUUUCCUAUAGAACAGGCCAAUGUCAAAAUUGACCCAUGUGACAUAUCUCCUAUAGAACAGGCCAAUGUCAAAAUUGACCCAUGUGACAUAUCACCUAUAGAACAGGCCAAUGUCAAAAGUGACCCAUGUGACAUAUCUCCUAUAGAACAGGCCAAUGUCAAAAGUGACCCAUGUGACAUAUCACCUAUAGAACAUGCCAAUAUCAAAAGUGACCCAUGUGACAUAUCUCCUAUAGAACAGGCCAAUGUCAAAAGUGACCCAUGUGACAUAUCACCUAUAGAACAGGCCAAUGUCACAAGUGACCCAUGUGACAUAUCUCCUAUAGAACAGGCCAAUGUCAAAAGUGAGCAAUAUGACGUAUCUCCUCUAGAACAGGCCAUUGUCAAAAGUGACCCAUGUAACAUAUCUCCUAUAGAACAUGCCUGUGUCGAAAUUGACCCAUGUGACAUAUCUCCUUUAGAACAGGCCAAUGUCAAAAGUGACCCAUAUGAUGUAUCUCCUAUAGAACAGGCCAUUGUCAAAAAACAGGCCAAUGUCAAAAGUGACCCAUGUGACAUAUCACCUAUAGAACAUGCCAAUAUCAAAAGUGACCCAUGUGACAUAUCACCUAUAGAACAGGCCAAUAUCAAAAGUGACCCAUGUGACAAAUCUCCUAUAGAACACGCCAUUGUCAAAAGUGAGCAAUAUGACAUGUCUCAUCUAGAGCAGGGUUGUACCGUACAGGUAGCUGGACCUUGUGACAUGUAUCCCACAGGAGAGGCCAAUGUGUUAAGUGAGAUCAGCAACAUGUCUCCUAUAGAGAAGGUCCAUGUCAAAAGUGAGCCACUUGACGCAUCUCCAUUAGAGCAGGCCAAUAUCGAAAGAGAAACAUGUAACAUUUCUCCUGUAGAGUUGGCCAAUGUCAAAAGUGAAGCAUGUGACAUAUCUCCUAUCGAGCAAAUCAGUGUGAAAAGUGAGUCAGGUGAUGACACGCCUCAAGCAGGGCAUGAUUUAGUAGAGCAGGAAAACUCCAGUGGUGCACAGGUUGAUAUGUCUAAGAUUGAUGAAUACAUUGCAGUGUUUGAUCGCUGGGCAGAAAUGUUUUGUACUUAA